CAGGAAAACUAGCUAAGUAGACUCUUAAGCCUGACAAGGCAUCCACGCAUCACUAAGACUACUUCCAAUUUCGCUCCUUCCACGCCACCCCUACCUUAGUCCUAGUCCAAGCGAGUGUGGUCACUCCGUUCGGGCAUGAGCUUCCGGCCGCGCGAGGCGCAGCUCGCACCUACAAAACAGUCUCUCUGCCCGCUUGACUCGACUGCCAAAGGACUGUCUCAGGGAGGGUCGCGCCUAAUUUACAUUGACCAUUAUUUAUUAACAAAAAGUCGGCAGAAGAGUCACUAUGCCUCCGAAAAAAGCCAAGCUUUCGAAAGAACAGUUGAAAGAGCUCGUUGAUGAUUAUGACAUCAAUUUUGAAGGUCCUGUGCCACCGAGGCAGUGGCCUACCCAAUACAGCCACCUUUUCCAGGUUAUACGGGACAUCUGGGCCAACCGAUAUGACAAAUAUAUCACAAGAACUGAUAUAGACCAAAAGACUAUCAGGAAGCAGAUAGCCCGGGUGAGAGACCUUCGCACCAGAGCUACUAGUCUGAGAAUGGAUUUCAGUAUCAAUGAGGAUACUUGGAGAAGUUUGAUCGAGACACCUGUCAUGGGGCGGUUUGACCAAGAAAUUGUGUGUGUUCGUUGCAGAAAUGAGAACUGGCAGUCAGAAUAUGAAGCACACCCCCGAAACGAGGACGACAAGGAAAAAUUGGAAAUGAAACGAAAGCGUCGACGCCAGUGCACCUGCGAUGAUGGUGAUAUUUCUGGUCGAAAUCUAAAUGAGGAUAGCGAUGAAGAAAACCAGACCAAGAUUUUCAGCGCAGUAUCAAGCGGAUUAGUGUCUCAUGACCCUCAAGAUGGCCUUGAAGACUCUAGAAUUCCAAUGAAACCCGAUAGAGUUAUUGGAUUAAGCAUGAAUGAUCGAUAUCGGAGGUACAUUGGGUCCUUCUCUGUCAAACUUUCGCAUUCCCCUGUCAAGAAACUGCAACUCAUGUACCCAUUCCUUGUCCUCGAAGCAAAACGUGAGAAUGGUGCGCCAGGGUUCAGAUCUGUGGAAUCGCAAACUGCAUUCCCCAUACGUCGAUUUUUAAGGAUCCAAGAUGAGCUACAGAGGGCCAGCGAAAAUAAAAUUGAACUUGAUCCAUUGGUGUGGUUCUUUGCUUUCCAAGGGGAAGAAUGGCGACUCUAUUCCGCAGUUCUUGACAAAAAUAAAACGGUGCAAGUUUUUCAUCUUUGGCAGGGCAAUCUGGAGUCGCAAGACGGUGCAUUGCAAAUAUUCCAGAUUGUUGAUUUCAUUUGGACAUGGGCCCGCGACGUUUACAGGCCUCAAAUUCGAAGGUGUCUAAGUGGACGCGUCACCCACCCUCGCGAAAUAUCUCCGACUUCAACGAAUCCUUUCCCUCGCUCGCAAUCGGUAUUCUCUGUACUAAGCGUCCGAUCGGUUUCUCGAACCGUUCUGGAUACAAUGCAGGAAGACGAAACAACCGCGUCGGAGGUAGUGAAUGAUGAUCUCCCGGAAUUUCAGGACGCAGGCUCUCACCCGUUCCUCAGGUGGUCAGGUCCUCGCAACGUUUCCACACCCUGGGCUCCUCAUGCCAGUUUACGACAUUCCGAUAUUGUUGUAUUCUCGUUCCGCGUUCUUGAGAUCCCCGAAAGUCAAGAGAGCUUUCACGAUCUAAUCAGCUCUUUACGAUAUGACGAUGAAAAGUCAAUAAUGAUGUUGCACGCUCUAAAAGCUAUACAGCAAAAUCAAUACACUCUACCCUUAAACAGAGGCCAAUUACACAAUAUAGAGAGGUCUUGGACAGGAGUAAACACGCAGACGCCUUACGAACGAAGCACAACGGGUCACCCAGAUCAGAGGGUUGAGGCUUUCUUUUUGUUUCGUACAUUCUGUCAGCAGGAAGAUUGGCAACUCAAACGGGAAAUUUACUGCGUCAUCUGGUCACCGCAAGCCGCGAGUGUGCUUAACAUGUUCAUAGAGACCGACAUUGAUAUAUUCUUUGACGAAGAAAGUCUGCCAUCAAUCCAGCACUCCGAAUUUAUUAAACCGUUUCAGCAACUCCGCCAACUCUCUGGAAGACAAUCUGUGGCAUACGCGCUGCAAAACACAAGCCUCAUCCUAUUACCCUGCGGCGAUGACAGUGGACGCGGAAAACAGCUAUUAUGGCGCCAACCUCAACGUCAAGGAAUACCAGAGCACGUGAUUGCUAAAACCGUCGCUUUAUUCGACUCCGCAUCAUAUAGCGAGGAUGGAAUACAGUCAUACCAUCAUCAGUGUAGCAGACUUCUUUGGGUGCUUCGGACAGAACAAGGGAUUGAUACUCCUGCAGAACUUGAAACCGUCCCCGAUAACGUUGGCAAGGGGGGAGCAAUGCUGGCGAUGAAGCCGAGCGCCUGGCCCCAACAAUGUCCUCGGUUUUGUCUCUUUGUACUCCUCGGCCAUGGCGUUUAUGAUGAAGCCCAUCUUGGAAGUCUGCUUCGCUAUACGGUCCAAGAGCGAGAGAUGUACUGCGUUAUUGGAGGUGCUGCUCAGGAAACAGAGCUAUUUAGUGCCGCUGAUAGACACUUGCUCAGAAGCUGGGAGGAUUCCUUCAGCCGAAGAACUAUGCCCAUAGGCCAACUUAGUUGAUUAGCUGCGCGUUUGAUCAAGUUUAGAAUCCUGAAUAGCCACCAACAGCCCCGCUUUUCAUGUACUACAUUUUCCCCUUAAAUUCCCGGUAUAGCGUG